AACGCCAUUCUUGAAUACGAUUACGAAGUUUUCACUUUUUUUAUAUUUGUUUAGGCCCAACUUGAAGCUAGUCAUUAACACCUCAAUUACCGAAAAAUGUUGACGUCGCGCUUGAACCUCUGGCCGUGCUUUCAGUUACUGCGCAAAUGCAGCACCACAUCAUUGGGCCAACCGAAACAGGCAGACUUCGAAAUCCACGAUCCUUUGCAGGCGCACGCCCUCAAAGAGAAAUGCAUUCUGGUCGACGAGCACGACAAGGCCAUCGGCGCUGCCAGCAAGGCUGACUGCCAUCGUGUGCAGCCCGGAACGGGUGACGUGAAGCUGCAUCGCGCCUUCAGUGUGUUUCUGUUCAACUCGAAGGGCGAGAUGCUUGUACAAAGGCGCUCCGUGCACAAGAUAACCUUUCCAGACACAUAUACGAAUGCCUGCUGCAGCCAUCCCUUGCAUGACAUUGAGCAGGAGCGACAGGAGUCGAACGCCCUGGGCAUACGUUUGGCGGCUCAACGCCGUUUGAACUACGAACUGGGAAUACCCCCAGAUGAAAUAAAGCCCGAGAACUUUAACUAUCUGACGCGCAUACACUAUGCCGACGCAGGCGACGGCGUCUGGGGAGAACAUGAGAUUGACUAUAUACUCUUCUUGCAAAAGGAUGUCACACUGAAGCCCAAUGCCAACGAGGUCAGCGAGGUGCGCUACUUGAAACGCAACGAAAUCGACGAAGCGAUAGCCAAAUUUAGUGCACCCUUGACCCCCUGGUUUGCUCUAAUAUUGCGUCAUCGGCUCAAACAAUGGUGGGACAAUUUGCAUAGACUAAAACAGUUCGAAGACUUGCAAAAUAUACAACGCUUCUGAGAAAUCGAAACACAAUACACAUUCGCAGACGCUGCAAGUUGUUGCAAUCAAGCCAAAAAUAUCUAUGUGGAACCUCAGUUUUGUUAUAACUUAGCCAGCGAAGUGGACAUUGCCAACAUCAUAAAGUACUAUACCAUAUAUUCUUAAAGGCCCAGUCGAUGUAGCCUCUUUCGUCUAUCUAGUCUGUGCUUAAACUCUUUGCAGGCAGUUCAUAUGUAGAAGCCAUCAUAGCUUCAGCUUUUUUUAUGAAUUAUAUAAAUAUAAGUUAAGUAUAGAAACAUAUCGCACAGCUGCUAUAUAUCUAGAUAUAUAGAGGAAGAAUGUAUAAAUGCUUCUUUAUAGUUUUUAUUUAAAUUCGCUUUAUUUGUAUUCAAAUGGAAAAUAGUGUGUGUGUUUGGGGUUUUCAUGCACCUCCGUUUUGUUGAUCAGUUCAGUACAACGUAUAGAGCAUCACAUAUGUUUGAAUAAUAUGUAAAUAUAACAAAAUAUAGUGUAUGUAUUAGCAUAGCACUAGCUAAAUGUGUGUUGUUGAAUAGUAUAUAAAUAUAUAUAUAUAGCUCAUAAUAUGAUCACAUCACGUUUACCAUAAUAAUCAUUACCGUCAUCAUCAAUCUCCUCCGCAACGAACAACAAAUAUAAAUAUUUACAAAAGUAUGCACUACAAAACUAAACGAGAGACUAAAUAGGUUGGUAUACAAAAAAGGUGCCCUAGCUAAAAUAAACCUUAGAACUAAAGACAAAAUAUCUGUAUCUGAAAAUUAAACAAUAAUGUAUAUAGCUGCAGCUUUUUUAACAGUCACGAAGCGCGCGCUUCGCAGUGUGAAACGGCAGCAGGUGCAAAUUAAUUUUGCGUACCCGGCACCGCGCUUCACUUGGCACCACCUUGGCACCGAUUUGUUUUUUAGUACAAAGUAAACAAAGGCUUUACUUACGGAAUACCAACAACUUAAAGCUACCUUUGCAAAUUAAGACAGAACAAAAA